CUAUCUUCCCUCUUUAUCUCAUGUUUUCCAGGGUUAAUGGAGUAAGAGAGAGCAGAGUUUGGCAAAAUCAAUAGCUAAGAGACCAUUUCUGUUUCUUCAGCAUCAAAAUUCGAUACCAACAUUCUCUAUGAUUGCUGCUGAAAUUUCAAUUUCUCAAUGAUCGCUGUUGGCAGAGUCAAGUUUAAUUUCAGUUCGGGUUUUGUUCGAGUAUUCGGCAAUCGCUUUAAUAAUUCCUAGAGUUUUAUGCAUUAUGUUGACUUGUCCAAUUUACUGUUAAAUUUCACUGCAAAUUGUUGGUAGAGGUCAUUUUAAAUGUUUCUAUCUUAUAAAGUAAGUCCAUCUUGAUUAGGAGGACGAGGACAGGAUGAUAUGAUGUUAGUUUUGUCUUUGCGAUGGCUCUUUGAUACCCUCACCUUUUGACCAUAUACCAACAUGGAUGUUUUUUGCUUGUGAAAGAUAAUAUCUUUGCUUUCAUGAUUUUAUUUCAUCUUACUCCAUGCUUGAAAUCAUGUGUAGCAUGUUGCAUGAUUGUGAUUCUACCAUUGCAGCUCAAAGUUUAACAGAUGCAUGUCUUCUCAAUUUCUCUGUGGCCUCAAUCAUAUCACAUUCCAUGCUGUUGGUUUCACUUUAAUAUGUCAGGUUUUCCCCCUUGUAAGUAAUUGUAAGGCUCUUGCAACCCAGAACUCACCAAAUGAAGGGAAAGUGACAGAUGAAGUAGUGAAUCAAGUCCUUGCCUCUGUUGAAAAUGAUCCAAAGCUCAGUCAGGAAACCUGUACUGCAUAUAUUAAUAAGUUAUGUAGAGCUGGCAAUCUUUCUGAAGCUUUUAGAUUACUUCAAUCCUUUCGAGAUAAAAAUGUUUUCUUUCCUGAUGCAUAUAACACCCUUUUAGCAGCAGCAGAUGAAAAGAAUGACAUUGAUCUUUCGUCUCAGAUAUUCAAAGAUUUACUAGUGUCAUUUAGACCCCUGAGCUCAACAUUUUAUUCUCACCUUGCUAGGGCAUUUGCAAAGGCAGACGGCUGUACUGCAUUACUUAGCUUUGUCAGAGAAGCAUCAGAAUUAGCAUUCCCGGAAAACACAGUAGUUAUAAACAGAAUUAUAUUUGCCUUUGCAGAAUGCAGGCAGAUAGAAAAGGCACUUUUGAUAUUUGAUCACCUUAAUAGUUUCAAAUGUAAGCCUGAUUUGUUCACGUAUAAUAUUGUUUUGGAUAUCUUAGGUCGAGCUGGUAGAGUGGAUCAGAUGCUUCAUGAGUUUGCCUCUAUGAAGGAAACUGACACUGGCCCGGAUCUCGUUUCUUACAAUACAUUAUUGAAUAACUUAAGGAGAGUUGGGAGGUUAGAUAUGUGCUUGGUAUUUUUUAGAGAAAUGACUGAUAGUGGAGUUGAACCAGAUUUAUUUACUUACACUGCAAUGAUUGAGAUUUUUGGUCGAUCUGGAAACAUUGAGGAAGCAUUAAGACUCUUCAGUGAAAUGAAGCAGAGGAAGAUCCAACCCUCUGUCUACAUAUAUCGAUCACUAACAAACAAUUUGAAGAAGGUAGGGAAGAUGGAAUUGGUGACAACUCUUUUUGAGGAGAUGAAUUCACCUCUUUCAGAUUUGGCAAUUCCAAAGAAAUUUAGAUGAAAGCUGGGUAGUUAAUCUCUUGAUCUAGGAAUUGAUGUUCCAAGUGAUUUUGAUGUCACUAAGAACACUUGGCUCUGAGCUGGUAGAGGAAGAUGCAGGUCUCCGUGUAAAGCACGGUUGGUCGUGGUAUACAUCUAUUUUCUACUUCCCAUUUAAUCGUCUUAAUAUUUUCUGUUUGGCUUUAGUCUUAGACUGCAUUAUUUGGGAAGUUGUGGCAUUAAUUUGUUCAAAUUAUGGACAUAAAUUAAUGGCAAUCCUAUCCUAUAAAAUUAUUCUGCAAGGAUUAUGUUUUCAGUGCAUAGGAUAUAUGGUUUUUUUCUUCUUUUUUUUUCAAAUAUAUUUAUGUUAGCUUUUUCCUGUUAUUUUUUAGAUGUCCAAGCAAAAUGUUUGGUGCUGUUAUUGGGCUGACCAGCUUGGCAUGGCUUGUAUAAGACAUGGAUAUAUACCAAUGCUUCUUUGCCAGCAAUUAACAUCUGUCAACUUUACAGCAACAAUGGAAAAGGAUCAUCUGCUAUUUGAGAUGCAAUUACUUUGAGCUUGUGACAAGAGCUAUUUGGAAGUUAAACUUUUCGAUCACCUUUACUGAAAUACUUGUAUCAUCUGCUAUUUUAGAUGCAAUUACUUGGAGCUUGUGGCAAGAUCCAUCUGGAAGUUUAACUUUUCAAUCACCUUUGCCGAAGGAGUUUCCCAAACGACUGAUAAUCAAAGUUGUUCUACUUGUGCUUGUUGGGUAUGAGCUCUAAACUGGAUUAUGUAAAUUAAGCCUCGUGCACAUUUUUCUUUUUUACAAUCUAAGCCCUAGAACAUAAAAAUGACUAGAUUUCAGGUAUUUUUGGAGAUGUUUCAUAACUUUCGUGUUUCCGUAUAGUCAUAAAACAAGUUAAAUCCA